UCCCUCUCUUCGCUCCACGCGAUUCGACCGUGAAAGACCAAAGUGAAGUAGUCCGGCAUGGAAGGCAGCGGCUGCGGCGGCGGGUCUCCGGGGGAGAGGAAGCGGUACAGAGGCGUGCGGAGGCGGAAGUGGGGGGCGUGGGUGGCGGAGGUGCGGUUCCCCAACAGCCGGGAGCGACUCUGGCUCGGCUCCUACUGCACUGCGGAGGAAGCCGCCAGGGCCUUCGACGCCGCCUUGUACUGCCUGCGCGGCCCCGGCGCGGAGUUCAACUUCCCCGACAGCCCGCCCGACAUUCCUUUUGCCGCCGCCGGCGGGAUGAGCCGGGAGGAGAUACGGGCCACCGCGAUCCGGUUCGCGCACGACGGCGGCUCCGGGCAGCAGACGCCUCCUCAGGAGGCGGUUGAGAUAACGGCAGAGGCAGAGGCGGAGACGGAGACGGAGACGGAGACGGAGAUGCUGGGGACGGCAUUGCAAGCGGGAGAGGAGGUGCCGUCGAUUGCGACGGAGCCGCCGGAUGCGGCGGGGUCUUACUCGCAGACCAAUGAGGGCAUUGGGUGGUGGUUCGAUGAGGACGAUGAGCUUGGGCCGGAGUUCCCUAUUUGUGAUGACAUUUAUAGAAUCUCUCCUCUAUGGAACUUCUGAAUUCAA